GCGGCAAAGCAGUUGGAGUGUAAGCUGUGACCAUACGCACUGGUUGAAUAUAAAGACAGCCUCAUCUCGGUUGUUGCCACUCAAAGAGAGCAAAAUGACACACGUCGUCAUUGUGAAGCUUAUUCUACUUUAUGGCCUGCUUGAAGGUAGCCUGUGUCAGGAGUGGGCUACUAUGCUCCCAACUUCUGUGCUGGGUGUGAGUGGCUCGUGUAUUUAUGUUCCGUGCAGGUUUACAAUACCUCAAAUUUGGGAUCAGUACCUGGACCGUACCUGCGCCGCCAUUUGGAGGCGAGGCUAUUCCAGGACGCAUGUCUUCGACUCCAGUCGCACAAGAGAGGAGAGCGCCUCCCUGAAACUCCUGCAGGGAAACGUCACCGGGAACUUGCUGGAAAAGGACUGCAGCACCAUCCUUGAGGACGUGCCAUUAGACUACUACGACUAUUAUUACUUCAGGUUGGAUUGUGACAAUCUCAAGUUCAACUUCAACGAGUACGUCUUAUUGGAAAUUCGAGACUCGGCACCCCAGCCCACCAUUGACCCCAAUGCAGUCUGGGUCGAGGAGGGCGCUGGAGUGACUCUGGAGUGUCGGGCGCCAGCUCCUUGCCCAACGCUGCCGCCCCUCCUGAUGUGGGCACCGCUGUUGGGCACGGUCACGGAGGCAGGGAAGGCCGAGGCGGGGCAAGCAGCGCGCGUUACCGCAGUCAUGAAUUUCAAUGCCACUUACCGACACAACACACAGAGUGUGACCUGCAGCGCCAUCUACAGGAGGCAAUCGGGAUACAGGGAGCUUUCCACAGAACGCACGAUGACUCUUCAAGUUUUGCAUGGUCCUAAGAACACAUCAGUGAGCUACGACGGCCCCGUGAUGGCAGGCAGGAAGGUCACGCUGACCUGCCUCACCAUCGCCAACCCUCAAGUGAACAUGUACAUGUGGUACAGAGUGGACGCCGGUCAGGUGAUGGCGGUGGACAACAGGAAGCGACACUCUGUCAGGGUCACGGAAGACCCGCCCACCUUCUACUGCUGGGUGCGCAACAGAUAUGGAGAGCAAAACUCGUCCUUAACCACCAUUGAUGUCCAAUUCCCCCCAAAGGACACCAAAGUGAUCGUGGAGCCCCCCGGUGUCAUCCUGGAGGGCGUCCCGGUUUUUCUGCUGUGCCAGAGCCGAGCCAAACCGCCCGUCUACAACUACAGCUGGACCAUAAAUGGCGGUGAGGACCUGGAGAUUGGGGAUUUCCUGACCCUGGAUGGCGCCCAGCCGAGACACAGCGGGGAGUACCGCUGCAAGGCCAGGAACCUGGUGGGACAGGAAACCUCCACACCCGUUCAGUUGGACGUUCAGUAUCCACCCAAGAACACUUCUGUGUUUGCAUCACCAUCGGGCUCUUUACCUGACGGCAGCACCGUCACUUUAAGGUGCACCAGCGUCGCCAACCCACCGGCCGCCAAUAUCACCUGGUAUCGAGUGACCGCUGGGGAGAGGUUGCUGAUGGGUUUGGGUCAGGAAAUCACCUUCACCGUCAGCAAGCUGUCCCAGGAUACGUUUUACUGUGAAAAUGCCAACGUCCACGGGGCCCAGUCGGCUCAGUCAAUCGCCAUCGACGUGACAUUCAGCCCAGAGAUCCUGCCGUCUUCCCACUGCCAAGACGUGUCAACGCAGACGCGAUGCUUCUGUGACAGUCAGGCCAACCCGCUGCCCUCCCUGCACUGGGAAUUGUCCGGGGUGCUCAUCAAUGACUCGGACCAGCGAUCCAUCAUGGAGGAGUCCCUCGACAGCGCCACCCGGAGGAGUGUCAUCAUCCUGCGACGCCUGGACGGCGAAGUAGUGUCCUCGCUGAUUUGCUUCAGCUUCAACCCGCUUGGAUUUGACAGUUUUGCCUUCAACAUGUCAUUGCCUGCUCCUCAGACAGAUGUGACGGUUCUGGUGGGUUCUGCAGUGGGGGUGACGGUCCUGCUGAUCUUGAGUCUCCUGCUGCUCUUGUACAUUUGCAGGAAAACCAAAGGAAACUUCCCACGCAGACAGCCACGAGCAGACAACGGCGCAGAUUUUUUGGUGACCAAUGAGAGCAAUUCUGACCACGUCAACGCCAUUUACGCCAACGACGACUUGGCCAAAGAGGCCAUGCGGGAUGAGGAGCACCUGCAUUACGCCGACGUCAACGUCAUCAAUCUGCAGGCCCGUGACCACGGCGAGAUACGAGGACUCUCCUCAGUCACGGGGGAGUACGCCGAGAUACGUCUCAACACCCCGGGAAGCGACAAACGUGAAGAGCUGGAACUGAAAACAGCACCGGAGACGGAGCAGGAAAAAAAGGCGGCGGAUGACCCUUUUGUACCGGAAGUGGCGAGUGAAGAGGUUGUGACCUCAACAGAGUAAAAUCAGUGGUUGUCAAAGUAGGUCGUAGCUUGGGGGACCCUAAAAGAAUUUUGGAAAAAAAAAAAACAUGUAGACAGCGGUACCUCGACUUACGAAUGCCGAGAAUUUUGGGGAAUCUUUCGCGUUAAAACUCGUCGCUUGGUCACUUAUGGUGUUUGGUGAAUUUCCAGUGAGCUUCAGACAAUCACCAAUGUCUAAACAUCCUACUGACAUGCGCUCACUCAUAGGAAAUCUUAUGUUGCAGUUGUGUGUGUGACCUAUUCACUAUCAUGUUUAUGAGAAAAGAAAAUUCUGUUCUGAGUGCGUUUUCGAGUAUAUUUAAAAGCAUUUUGCAUAUGUGACUUUGUUACCUCAUCUAAUACAUCACAUCCACGCACAUAGUCUGUGUGACUCGCCGAAACGGUGGCGCCCAUGAAAAUUCGUAAGCUUAGAGAUGACGUGUCAAUCUUGAACAAUUUCAGAAGAUGAGCGGUUUAUUGUAUUUACCUGAUUUUCUUGGUUUUGUCUAACUUUGAAAAUGCACUAAAAUUGUGAUUUCUAUUGUAUUAUUACGUUUGCCAUCCUAUUUAAUGUUUUGUGCUGGCAGAAGAGAAGUAUCUGUGGAUAAGUGUUGCAUAAUAAUUGUUGGCAUAAAGCCGGAUAAACAAUUUUUUCGGUCGUAUGCAGUCAGCCGUUUUAAUUUGAAAGAUUAAAUAUCCUGCCAAAACUUUGUGAUUUCCUUUCUUUGGGAUA